CGUGACUGCUCUCAAACCAGGAAGUGCGGUGUCAUAUACACGGUUAAAUCAAAACAAAAAUAGACUAUCCUGUCGAGGAGCUGAAAAAAUACUUUUCCCGCGACCACCCGAAAACUUAUUCGUCUUGACAUGGAUGAAACGCUCUUCCAGCUAAAGUUCACUUCCAAGCAGCUAGAGAGACUGGCUAAGAAGGCAGAGAAGGAGUCUGAAAAGGAGCAGGCCAAGGUCAAGAAGGCUUUGCAACAGAAAAACGUGGAAUGUGCCAGAGUUUACGCAGAGAACGCCAUCCGGAAGAAAAAUGAAGGUCUUAAUUGGCUGCGCAUGGCGUCACGAGUGGACGCUGUGGCCUCCAAGGUCCAGACUGCUGUCACCAUGAAGGGAGUGACCAAAAGCAUGGGCCAGGUGACCAAGGCCCUGGACAAAGCUCUGAACUCCAUGGACCUACAGAAAGUCUCCGCGGUCAUGGAUAAGUUUGAAAGUCAAGUACAGAACCUUGACGUCCACACCUCAGUGAUGGAGGACUCCAUGAGCUCAGCAAUGACACUGACCACACCUCAGGAACAGGUGGAUGACCUGAUCCACCAAAUAGCAGAGCAGAACGGCCUGGAGGUGAUGGACCAGCUCAGCCAGCUGCCGGCAGGAGCCACCUCAGUGGGAGCAGAGAGCUCAAGGCAGCAAGACAAGGAGGACCAGCUGUCUCGACGACUGGCUGCUCUACGGAACUGAGCCGUCCUCCAGGAGCAGUGAGGGGCUCACAGCUGGGUGGAAGCAGACCUGCUUAACGACGGCGACAGGAACUGUGUGUGUGUGUGUUUCAAUUGAACUGUUCCUACCAGGAGGACUUAAUGAGGCUAUUGAUUACGACUCCCCUGCUCUAUAGAUACACACACACACACACACACACACAGACACACACACACACACACCGUGGCUAUCUCUCUGGUUCACCUUCCUGUUUCGAUCCGUCUCUGCUCCCGUUUCUAUUUUCCCCUCCAAUUCCCCAUCGCAUCUCAUUUUACCUCUCCCUUUUCCAUUUUUCCAUCCUUUUUCAUCCCUUUCUCUCCACCACCACCGCCGCCUCCUGUGGCCACACUCUCCAUCUCCCAUACAUAAACCACACAUUGGGGUGUAUGCUUCGUACAAAAAGAAAAACAUUUUACAAACUGUAAAAUGUACAGUGAUGAAAAUGAAAGGUUUUAAUAAGCUGUUGCAGUGAGGAUAACGUGUCCCUGGCUGUCAUAAGGUGCAGGGUGGGACUUUGUUGGGAGGAAGGAGACGUGUCAAUUUAAUGGGGAAAAAACAUCUCAAUGUUUUUGCACUUAAGUGUUUUACAGUUUUUCAUUUUCUAAGUUUGAAAGACUGUUUUAGUUUAAGACCAUGACAUGCUGGUAACACUAACAGACACCAUGUCCAUCCCUCUACAGAUUUAUCCAAGUAACAUUAUUAUAACACUGUAUAAGACACAGGACAAUCUUCCCACCGUUUGUUGUAACGUCAGAAUAGAAUCUUUUCUUUUCCCUUUUUUGUUAUUCAGACUUGUUGUUGAUUUAUUUUUUUCUCAUGCCUGUUUUCAGACUUUUUUUUGCUUUGAACGCCUUAUUUGGGAUGCAGGUGCUCGCGUAGGCGCUUCCCCCACCAGUGCCUGAAGGAUUGAAGGUAGUUUAGAGAAAUGUCUUUCACUCUGUAGCAUGAAGUUGCCUGAUCUCUUUUUUUUUGGUUUUGGGUGUUUGAUUUUUAAGGUGUCGAAACUUUUCCCCCGGCAACAUUGAAACCUCAUUCAGAUAUUUUUAGAAGCUCCUCUGUCUGAAAAUAACCCGAUCAUCCCCACCUGUCUCGGUUUCAUCCCGGGGCUGUUUCAGGAGCAGACGUUAGUUCAGAUGAACAAACUGGAUCUUUGUUAAUUCCACGAGAACCAGUUCCUAUUAUUUGCCUUGUAAACCACACAUGUAAAUGCAGGAGACGUGCUGGAAGAUGUUUGACUUCCAGAGACAAGGACAGAAGAACAAAAUUUACCACGGCAUCAGAAUGUGUUUGAGUUAACAGAAAACUGGUUCCAGUUCUCUUUGUCUUUUUGUUUUUAUUUUUGAGGUCUUAGCUCUGUAUUGAAUUUCCUGUUAAGCGCUUUGACUGGGCUCCGAUGCUUCCCUGUUUGUGUGUUCAGUGUGGACAUCAGUGACGGGGCAGGCAGACAGAAGCCAAACCUCCAUCUGUGACAGAGCAGCUUCACCCUCUGGAUAAUGUCUUCAGUUUUUUUUUUUUUUUUUUUUGUCCAUUUUAAGACAGGGAGGGUUUAUUUAUACUCAAAGUUCAGCAGCACUUUUGUUUUGUAUAUCUAUCUUGUGAAAAUAAAAUCUUGCCCUCUGA